CAUCCCAUUUGUGCUGCUGCCUUAGCGCUAUUUAAGCGCCCCAUCUGCCCUCUGGACCGUCACCACCAACCACACCUCCAUCCCAAACCAGCAAACCCUGCCAGCAAUCCAAGCCAUCACCUUAAAUUGGACCAGGUAGCCAUGAGGACCAGCCUCGUCCUCGUCGCCGUCGCCGUCGCCGCCGUGGUUUACGCCCUUGCAACGCCCGUCGCGGCGAUCCCAGGGGGAUGGAAACCUAUCCCCGACACCAACGACUCCCACGUCAAGGAGAUCGGCGCGUGGGCUGUGGCAGAGCACAUGAAGACGUCCAACUGCAAGCUCACGUUCCGCGAGGUGGCGAGUGGCGAGGUGCAGGUCGUGUCUGGCCUGAACUACCGGCUCGUCAUCGACGUGCUGGACCUCGCCGGCGAGGAGGCCAGGUAUAAGGCGGUCGUGUACGAGCAGAGCUGGACCAACACACGCAAGCUGCUCUCCUUCGACAUGGUCAACGGAACGACGGCCAGCUGCAGGACUAGGUUUUAGCUAAGCCCAUCAACCCGUGCGCCUGUAUGGGCUAGCGAUUUAGAUUUCUCGAUCCGGUCGCUCAGUACCCCCAAUAAGAUUUCUCCAAAGGAUACUGAUGAUACUUUUCAAGGAAAUGGAUCUAUUUUGUUGCUCAGUUAGCAUGAAUACAACCUGUGAGGUUUACAUA